CCUACCAAACGAAUCAUGUAUUCGCCAGAAUUGGUUGUCAUUUUGGCCAUCAUUUCUUCUAUCUCAGCAGUGUUGGGAUUUUAUAACAUCUGCCCAGUUCAGCCUGUCAGCUGCUCUUGCCCGUCACAGUGGCAAAUGUGGCACAACGCGUGCUAUCGCAUCACUCCACCGCAUAAUUGGGAUGAUGCCAAGACAGUUUGCCAAGAUUUGGGAGGCAAGAUGGCCGCUCCUCGCUCGCUGGAAGAAAUGAAGUUCAUGGUGGACAUGGCACGAGAGGUGGACAGUGAAUACUACGUCUGGAUUGCUUGCAAUGACAAAGAUGUUGAAGGGACUUGGGAGUGUGACGGCCAGGAAGGAAGAGAGCCCUUCCUGGAAUGGAGUGCUAAUCAACCAGAUGAUUUCAAAGACAAUCAAGAUUGUGUGGUAGUAGCCAGAAAUCAGAAUGACAAAAUGGAUGACGAUUUUUGUGCUGAGAGUCGUAUGGCAUUGUGUGUUCAUCAGGCGGCUUGUCCUCAUCCCCCAACCCAACCCCAUCGAUACUGCCUCUCUACUGACACACGCGGCCGCAUUCUCAACUCAACCUGCCUCCUCGACCACAACAUCCGGGAGUUUAUCACCGAGGGCGUGGCCGCCUGCGGCUCAGCCUGCGCUAAGGAGCCCGGAUGUUUCUCCUUCAACAUCAAGAACACCGAAGAAGGGAAGAAAAUAUGCCAGCUGAACAACAGCACAAGCUCCGAAGAUAAGGACAAGUUUCAAAACACCGAUUAUUUCUGCAUGUACUCAGAAGUAUGCACCGGCUAGAAUUAACAACAGGGGAACAUUCUCGGUGAUAAUUAUACAUACCAUUGUCUAGAAACUCGAACUUAAAAUAAAUGGGGAAAAGCACAAGGAUAUGCUUCUUACGAGGACAAACCAUUGGGGAAGCACUUUUUUGUACAACAAGAUUUCAGGACAACAAAUUCGUUGUUUUCGAGGGAAAAGUGAUUCAACCAUGUUCUUUGACAUAAGGUAAACACAUAAUUAUUUCGUCCUCAUUACGUGUGCAAAGGAAAAAACGAAUACUGGGGAAAAAACACGAGUAUUGCUUGACCUUUGACUCCCGAGAAAUGUUGUCAACGAAAACCGAUUUUUUUUUCUCUGUGUCUGUGUCAUUUGGCUGUUCAAAACAAUUUAAGUCUCAUAAAAUGUUGUAAUAGCGUAAUCUUAAUAUGGAAACAUCACUAUAUACAUAGUGAGUUUAGAUGAAUUUACUUUUUUCUUUUAGGCCUAUGCGUUUAGUUUCUUUGGUACUACGACAAAUUAUUGAUUGAAAACAGUUAUGUGAAAUCGUCUGUUUGUAAAUUCGCAUUUAAAGUAUUCUAGGGUUCGUAUAUUUUGUGCUUUGAGGUUAAACAAGAGUUGUAACGAGUAGCAUUAAAUGGUGUAUGAUGUUUUCUGCAGCGAAGUGAGACUAAAAUGGCUUUAAAAAAUUAACAUAACAGUUUUUGUAAAUCCUUGUUAAUUCCAAUUUUUCGAAAAUUAAUGAUACGUGAUAAUUGAUGAUUGUCAAUCAGUAAUUUGUAAAUUAUUAUCGCUUGGUAAAUUGUUGUUGAUUUUCAGUUGAUUUUGAAAUUGCGUUCCCCGUGCUCUUAAAAAAACAAUGCGAAUUUUGUUUUAUUAUUGAUUUUGGACUUGUAUGUUUUAUAAAAUAAAAAUCUCCGUUUUUG